UUUCCAUCUUCGUCUUCCCAUCUUUCCUCCAUAGCAGCCCACCCACUAUUCCUUCUCCUGUAAACUUGAUACUACAGCAGGUUACCCUAGAAUGUAGAAGUAUGGUUCCUGACUAGUUUUGCUUCACAGGUGCUUAGUUGAUUUUCCACAGUUCUCCUGCUAGGAGGAUUAAUAAAAAUAAUUAUCUUGACGCAACACUGGUUUGUGAGGUGCCGAGAAAAUAUCAUGUACUCAUUACUUAAAGUGAAUUCCCCCAGGUAGGAAGCUGUUAGUGCUUAGAAUUAGUGAGACUUUUAGGGGCUUGGUCUUGUUUCCAGACUUGACAUGUUAAACCAAUAAUUCUUCAGUUUUUUCCACUUUUUUUUUUCCUCAAUCUGAUUAGCUUUGUGCAAGUAAUUCUAAUGCCUUCUUAAACAAUGUGGAGAGAACUAAUGAUCUGCCUGAUCCUGUCUGGUCACAUUGUGGACCUAAGUGGCUUAGAGAAGUAGCAGCUUUUGUACUAAGUGUCUGUCCAAUUUGAAAUCUUUUAUGUUUUUUUUUUUAAAAGUAUAUGUUGGACUUGGAAACUAUAAAAGCAGAUAUAUAUGAGACAUUUCAUGGUUAUGCAACAGAUGUACAAGUUCACAUCAGCUAGAAUCUCAGAAAAGACUUCUCGUAACCUAUCUAAUUAGUCUAGACUCUAGAUCAUGAUCCUGCAGCUGUGAUAGGAAGGAUUGAAAACAAACCCCAGAGAAUCUCUGACAAUAGUAAUCGAGGUAAGUGCAUAGAAAUUAACUAGCUGCACUGCAUGAAAUCAUUCUGAAUGCCCAAGGGUGAGUAAACUUGUGCAUUUCAUCAAGUUAGCCUACAAUGUACAAUGCAUUUUUCUUUAAUAUAACUUGUAAAAAGAAGCCAAGCUGAAAAGUUUCUUACCACUUGAGAGCUGAUUGUAAAGACAGAUUUCCUCUUGGACUAAAUCAGGACCCCUAAUAUGCAUCAAUGCAAUCGAGCCUAGAGAGCAAAUUGCAUUGAUUGGUCUUGUAUCCUAUACCCAAACAGUUUAGGGCUAGGUUCUUGCCAGAUUUAAAUCUGUUGGCUUUAGUGAAGUUAAACCACAAGUAAAUCUGGCCCUGUAUUUUCAGCUUCUAAAAAUACUUUUUGUGACAUGGAUAAACAAAGGGACAGAACUACUAAUGACUGUGGAACAAAAACUUCCGGUCUCUGGCCAUGUCCACGCUAAAAACUUUGGUCAAAGCAAGUUACUUUGGCUUAAAGCCAGAGCAGUUAAUGUAUUGCUUGUGUGUCUGUGCACUUGGCUCCUUUUGUCGGUGUUGUGCAUAAUCCUCAUGAGUGCUUGCAUCAGUGCACGGUGCCGUGCACCAUGGGUAGAUAUCCCAAUGUCCAACCUGCCAUUGUACAAUGCACUGUCUUUUUGGGAAGUUUUGGCGAUUCAUGGUGGGACAAACGAGUAGCGCAGCCGUGACUGGGAGCCAGGGGUCAACUUCUAAGCACGCUACUGCCUCCAUCCCAUAUUGUCAUUUAUAUUCCAUAACUUUUUGCACCUUUUUUUAAAAAAAAAUCCAAUGAACAUAUGCAGCCCUUCUCGUUGGCCACCAUCUCUGACAGAAGCAUUGAGACUGCAAGGCAUUGCACUAUUCUCAUAAGCUUUUCAAGCAUAGGAUGCACAAUCCUACUGUAUUCGCUAAACCAAGAAGAACCAAAUCAGCGUGGAACACAGUAAGAACCAAUUCAAGGUGGUUGGUGGUGUUCAUGGAGAAGUUGCAGAUGGUGGAGUGCCGCUUCUGGGCUCAAGAAAUGAGCACUGACUGGAGGGAUCGCAUCGUGCUCCAGGCUUGGGAUGACGAGCAGUAGCUCAGAACUUUCAGAUGUGCAAGGCCACAUUCCCGGAGCUGUGUGCUGAGAUCACCCCAACCUUUCUGUGCAGGGACAUCAAAAUGAGAGGCGCACUAACAGUGGAGAAGCGAGUGGCAAUAGCACUAUGGAAACUUGCAAUGCCAGAUUGCUACCAGUCAGUGGGGAAAUCAUUCUGAAGUUGAAAAAUUCACUGGGGCGGGCUGUUGUCAUGGAGUUGUGCAGGGCUAUUAAUAGUCUCCCGCUGUCUAGGGAUGUGAUUCUCGCAAUAUGGAGGCCCGAGUGGAUGGAUUUGCAGAAGUGGGGUUCUGAACUGUGGUGGGCAAUAGAUGGUACACAUCUCUAUUUUGGCACCAGACGACCUUGCUAGAAAAUACAUCAACAGAAGGGGCUACUUUUCUAUGGUUAUGGAGCCAUUGGUGGAUUACUGGGGACACUUCACUGACAUCAAUGUGGGCUGGUAAGAGCAGGUGGGUGACACUCGCCUCUUUAAGAACACAGGACUGUUCAGAAAGCUACAAGCCGGGGCUUUCUUUCCCAACCAGCAGAUUACCAUUGGUGGUGAUGAAAUGCCAGUAGUGAUCCUGGGAGAUCCAGCCUUCCCAUGGCUCGUGAAGCCAUACACUGGCCACCUCGACAGCACCAAGGAAAGAUUCGGCUACCUGCUCAGCAGGUGCAGAAUGACAGUUGAAUACGCUUUUGGUAGAUUGAAGGGAUGCUGACAUUUAUUUACUCACAAGAUUAGAUCUCAGUGGGGAAAAAACAUUCCACUGGUUGUAGUCCCUUGCUGUGUCCUGCAUAAUAUCCGUGAAGCAAAGGCAGAAAAAUUGCUGCUGGUGUGGAGGGCGGAGGUGGAGCAGGUAUCUGCUGAGUUUGAACAGGUUGACACAAAGGCUAUUAGAAAAGCUCAACACAGGGACUACAACUACGUGGACCAGGGAGGCAUUGAAAGAGAACUUUAACAGUGAACCACAGUAAUGCAUUGUGGCAUACGGUGCUCAACCUGGCCUGGCUGCUUGGGGGCCUGUUAAGAGUUGUGUGGUGCUUGGUGUAUAUCUGGGAAUAUAACACUGUCCAUGCACCUAUUAAUUUUGCAGUGUUUGCUGUACACUUUUAUGAUUAUUUUACUGUUCCUGAUUGCAUGAGUUGUUACACUAUAACAAGUGUUUUUUCAGAACUGCUAGGCACUCUGCAGUAUAUAUUGAAAACUAAUAAAGAAGUAUUUAUUUUAAAAAAUAUAAUUUUAUUCAGUAACUGGCAUACCCAAGGUACAGUCUGGACUGUUGAACAGCUAUGUCUCCUCAGCUCUCUAACCCGGGGUGCCUCUUACACUGCUUUGCUGUGAGAGCUGCCACUUCUGGUCUGCACACACAGCCUCCAGCAUGUAAGUUACUCCCAGUUAUAGUGUGCAAGUGCUGUAGCCAGUUGCUCUCGAAUUACACCGCAGAGCAACACCAGCCAAUUCCCAGUCCCAGACUUUCCCCAGAAAUGUACGUCGUGUACUGCCCAGAACUAUCCUGCACAACACAAGCUCAUAUAAAGUCCAUUAUUUUAUUAAUAGAAAAUGAGAUGCACAAAUCCUGUUAUUCCAGAUGGAGUUUCCCAAACACUUCAAUUUAAACACAUUGGUUUAGAUCAAACAAGUUUGAGGUACAAAAGGAUAAAUUUUUUUAAAUGAAUACAAGUAAUGAGGCAUAAAAGUCAGAAUUGGUUACAUGAAAAAUUAAAACUCAACUAAUGCCUCACUUAACAAACUAGAAUAAAUUCAAAGCCAAGUCUCUCUCUCCAUGUGUUUCAGCAGCUCUAUUGGUUGAACUUCUUUCAGUCAGGAUCCCUCCCCCAGUGCAAUGCUGCUUCCUUUGUUCUUCAGAUCUCAUGGAUGCUGUAGGUAGAGAGAAAGGAAGGAGUGAUUUGGGGCGUCUGCCCUCCCUUCUUACAGUUCUGUCCCUUAUUCGAGAUGCAUCUCCAGCUGAGGUUCAAGAGAUAAAAUGUCCGUGUGGACGAGAACAUCACGCUGUUUCUUUUUAAUAUAUAGAUUUAGUUUGUUUUUUUGGAUCCAUGUCCACUGCCAAGAAAAGGAAUACCCACUUAAGCAUGUGUUUGGCCCAUUUGACCUGCUUAUGCCUGGCUCAGGCUUCAGCUUGUCUUUUGUCUCUGAAGAAUUGGUUUGGCCACUCCCCAGACUCGGAAUAUGUCUUAGUAACACCAUACAGUGGAAUCUGAUAACUUGCAAUGUUGCCCCACACAUUUUUAACAGGACAGUAUUUACCAGUGAGUUAAGAGUUUUCAAAUGAUGCCUCAGGCAUGUUUGUACAAAGAUUAUCAUAAUAGUAUGCACGGGCUGAAUACAUGGAUACAGACCAUCACAGCAAUAAAACCAGUACAAAGAAAAAUCUGUGCAAUUUAAAAGCAAAAAAAAAAAACCUUAAUGGAACAGACUUUAACAAGGGGAAAGAACUUUCAUGUCCAUUUUACUUACACAUACACUGACCUGUGAGAGCCAUGGUUGCUGUAUGUGAAGCUGUGAUGGUCCUUAAUGUUCCCUGGGCUGGAGUGGGAGUGGCAGAGGUAGGGAUACAACCCCUGAAGCCAGGUGGAAUAUUGAGGGUAGGUGUAAGGAGGUGAUGUAAUGGAGUUCACCAUUUACUGCAAAGGGAGGCAAGACCAUGACUGUUGAACCUGUAGGUCCAGAAGAGUUUGUAGCAUCCAUGUUUGCUGCUGCUGAAGCCCAUUUGUGUCCUGGUGCAUCUCCCUCUCCUUUUCCUGCUGGGACCCCUGGGCCUUUCUCCAGGCUAUCUGGAGGUUAGGUUCAUCCUCCAGGUCCUGUGCUAACAGUCUGAUGCUGCACUGUCUUGCAGUAUCUCAUUGAAAAUGUCAUCCUGAAGCCUCUUCUUUCUCCUCCUUGUCUGGCUCAGGAGUUCUAUGGGUGUGAAGGGAAAGACCCUCAAGGCCGCAAUGGCAGCAGCUGCAGAUAAAACACACAGAUAAAACAUUGUCAGUGGAAUGCAAUGGAAAGCAAAACUUAAGAUUCAGAACUCCCUUCUUUGGCUCCCACAAAGUUUUUAAACGAGACAUGCUCGUUGACAUAUCUGCUUUGGAGUGCUUAUGUAUGGCACCACUCACAGCUCCUGCCAUGUGGGGGUGAUUUUUAGCUGAUGUCCCUCUCCAGAGGGGAAACAAAGGCACAAGAGAGUACAGCUGCUGCUGACAUCCCAAAGCCACCCGGGCCCAUGUGCUGCUAGCCUUUGUACUGCAAUGGUUCCUGCUGAAGUUAUCGCUGACAGAAGUUAUCGCAUACAGAAAGUGUCCUGCUGUGGAGGAAGAAAUAAGGCAGCCCUGCCUAGUAACCUUCAGGGGAAGUUUGCAGUGUACAUCCAUGAAAAUUUCAUCAAGAUCUCUCAGGAGGAUUUAAGGGAUAUAAACAAACUGCUCCCCAGGGUGGUCCCCCCCCCCCUUGCCUAUCUCUACAGGGAAUGAAAAGCUGAUAACUAUGCUACCUCUUUGUUGUAUCACUUCCUCUUCUGGUACGAGAAAAUUAAUGCAAGUCGAUAGUUGUGUCCUGUUAAAUUGGGAUUGCCAUCACUGUAAUGGGGAUAUAAAUUUACACACUUAUCCGAGGUUCCUUUCUCUGCACUGGACUCACUCAUGCUUGACUAGACUGCAGUGGAGUCUCAAACAGAUCCUGGUUCAUGACCUAGCUGGACCACCCAGUUGCAUGUCCCCCAUCCUUCUCCUUGUGCUCAUUGUUCACACAAGGGGCCUGUGACCUGGGCUUCCUGGAGUGAUCUGUGGAAUGGUAGUGGGGUCUCCACAAAAUAUGGCAUACAGCUCUUUGUAAAAGCAGCUGGUCUGUAGCUCAGCAUCAGAUUGACUGUUGGCCUUCCUGACCUUCUGAUAUGCCUGGUGCAAUUCCUUUGCUUUCACGUGGCACUGCUGCUCAUGCCUGUCAUACCCUUUUCUCCUGCAUUCCCCUGUGCAAUCUGCUCAUAGAUGUCCAUGUUUCUAUGGCUGGUCGGUAGCUGUUUGCACAGCCUCUUCUCCCCACAGACCCAGGAGGUCCAAUAUCUCCUGUCUUCUCCAUGCUGGAGUGCAUUGGGAACAUGGAGCUGGCACGAUCAGCUGGGCAGUUGCAUACAACAAUGGAGAUUUGCUAGUUGUGCUCGCCAAGUUGGACAAUCAGGGAAAAGGCAAGGGUCUUUAAAGGGGAAUGCAGCCUUCUGAUUUCCAUGACCCUUGGGCAGUGGAGUUCACAACUGUAACUGGAACACUCAGCGCCUGGCAUUCUGGGACAGCGCUAGAGAGCUGUUAGGGUUGACAUAAGUAAUGGAGUGUCUAUCCUGAGGUCAGAGCAGCACAAGUAUAUAGACCAUGGCUCAAAGUUGCUUGGAGAGAUGGUGUUACUGUAAUGGGGCAGUUACAUCGGUGGGAGGCAUGCACGCUUAGGUUGAUGCAAAGCUGUUUACCUUGACUUGACUUUGUAGUGUAGACCAGGCCAAUGUAAACUAAGAAAUCUUUUUAAUAACCCCUCCCAUCAUGGGAAAGAAUAAGUUGUGCUAUAGACUUUCCACUUCUUUUCCAAACGCAAAAUGUUUAUUAAAUCACAGGCCAAACUUGACUAGCGAGAACCUCUAAACGUUGGACUAUGUAUGUCAGGUAACUUCAGGAUAGAUUGUAAUGCUACCACUUCAACUGAAUGCUUCUGGUUAUAUGGUGCUUUCAUUCUCAGGUGUUUGAUGCUGGUGAGUUUUUUGGAAUAAUGCAAGUAGAGGAGGUGGAAGAGGAAGAAGAUGAUGAUGAAGAAAUUGAAGACGAAAUGAAAAAGAAACCAAAUCCCGGAAAUGAACUCUGUUACAAAGUUAUCGUAACAAAUGAGAAUGGGCUACAAGCAGCAAAUCCCAAUAGCAUUUUCCUUAUCGACCAUGCCUGGACAUACCGUGUUGAACAUGCACGCCAGCAGCUGUUGCACGUUCCUGGUCUGCUUCACAGAAUGGCAAACCUCAUGGGAAUAGACUUUCAUGGAGAGGUCGCGGAUGAGGGAGCUAUUGAGCAGGUGUUGCAAGAAAUGUGGAAAUACAACCAGACCUACCAGCUGUCUCAAGGGACUGCAGAGGAGAAGGUUCCUGUCUGGUAUAUUAUGGAUGAAUUUGGAUCCCGAAUUCAGCAUUCAGAUGAGCCUACCUUUGCAACAGCACCUUUGUUUUACGUUCCUCAGCAAAUGGCUUACACUGUUCUCUGGCCUUUAAGGGACCUUGAAACUGGUGAGGAAGUGACUCGUGACUAUGCCUAUGGGGAAACUGAUCGCUUAAUCCGGAAAUGUAUAUUGUUGCCGUGGGCGCCUACUGAGGUAUUGGAUGUUAACUAUUCUACCCCAGAGCCAUCAGAAGAUCACUACCAGGCUAUUUUAAACAAAAACAAGGAGAAACUACCUGUGGCUACAAAUCCACCAGUUUAUGACAAGAAUAAAAUUUUCAAGGUCUACACAGACCUUCCCCAAAUCCUCAACAACUUGAAACACCCACGUUUUGAGUUUACCGAAGAUGAGGGAGAAGCAGACAUCCUCUACAACUUUUCCCACUUCAAAGAUUACAGGAAACUAAGUGAAGAGAGGCCCCAUGUGAUGUUGAAUCAGUUUCCAUGUGAGAAUCUCCUGACAGUCAAGGAUUGUCUAGCAUCCAUAUCUAGACGAGUUGGAGGGACGGAGGGGCCAAAAUGGCUGCCUCGUACUUUUAACCUUCACACGGAAUUACCCCAGUUUAUCAGCUAUUUUCAGCAAUGUGAGAGGAGGGGAGAAGACAAUCAUUGGAUAUGCAAACCAUGGAACUUGGCCAGAAGCCUAGACACCCACAUCACCAACAAUCUUCACAACAUCAUCAGACACAGGGAAAGCAGCCCGAAGGUAGUGUCUAAGUAUAUUGAGAGUCCAGUAUUGUUUCAUCGGGAAGAUGUGGGGAUGGUUAAAUUUGACAUUCGUUACGUUGUGCUUCUGCGAUCCGUAAAGCCACUCAAGCUGUAUGCUUAUGAUGUUUUUUGGCUACGGUUCUCAAAUCGUGCAUUUUCACUUGAUGACUUAGACGACUAUGAGAAGCAUUUUACUGUCAUGAACUAUGCUUCUGGUGUAACCUUAAAACAGGUUCACUAUGAUGAAUUUAUUCCUCUGUUUGAGAAGCAGUAUCCUGAAUAUUCCUGGAAAACUGUACAAGCAGAGAUUUUUAAGGCAUUUGCUGAAUUAUUCCAAGCUGCUUCAGCUAAACCUGCACCACUUGGCAUCUGUGAUUAUCCAUCGUCGCGAGCAGUAUAUGCCAUUGACCUGAUGCUUAAGUGGGAUACUACCGGAGAUGGGAAAAGAAUUAUGCAGCCUCAGGUCCUGGAGGUGAACUUCAACCCUGACUGUGACAGAGCCUGCAAAUACCACCCUACCUUUUUUAAUGAUGUCUUCAGCACCCUAUUUCUGGAUGAAACAAAUAAUUGUCAUGUGACAUAUGUUGUUUAGGCCUAGAAGGCUCGACUUGGUUACUUGUUUCCUUUACAGAUAUGCUUAACAGCAAUAUUUAUAUUUCAGUUCUAUGAGCUGUUUAUGCGACUAUUUUCCUAAAAUGGUAAUGAAGGAAAACUUUUAUCAGAUGAAUGGGCAUAUACUGUACUUGUAAUCAGUAAUCUGUGUUUUCUUGUCUUGUUUAGUUCUAAUCAUCAACUUGUGUUGACUUAAUUGUCUUAUUAAAGCCCAGAAAAGUAUAAUAGUAACUGGAGCAAUCAGCUGUUGUUUCUUAGGUAGCCUAGUAUACCUUAUUUGCAUAGCAGGAAGUGUUGUACACAUUUUCUGUGUCUGCAUUAGAAUAAUAAAUUCCUGUAUCAGAAUGUCUGAGAUCAUACACCAUCUCUUCCUCUCUGUGGAAUACCAUUGUCUUCCAAGCACUAAAAUGCUUUAUUCCACAAAUAGAUGUGAAGCAUCUUACUUUAGGGUUGCAUCUGGUAACUCCAAUGAGCGAACAUUUAUGAAGCCUGUUUGUAAUAAAGUAUUGCAGCAAUAUUAGAGUUAGUUUUUUCAAUUAAAGGUCACUAUACUUUCUCAAAAA